AUGCUCUCAACCGUUGUGAACGAGAAUCCUCUUCCGGCGCCGACCCUGUUCCCUUCUGAUCGGCCGCCGGACACUGCUAUCUCCAUUAGUGACCCCUCUCCCUGCUCCAAUCUUGAAAAGGCGAUCAUCUCCGACACUGACAUGAUUGUCGAGUCCCCUGAGGCACAGCCACAAUCGACUCAAGCCCCGGAGAUCUCUCUGGCCGCCCAGAUACCUCAGUCAGGUGAUCCCCCACCUCUAAACUCGUAUGCUUCAGUGGUUACGGGGCUUAAAAGCCCUAUUGCUUCGCUACCGGCGACUAGCCUCUGGACCCCGGUGGGCGAGAACGAUCUCAUCCCGGGGGAGCGGAACGGAGAACCGGCACUGAAAAUUUCGACGGAGUUCAAAAAUCGGAUCUGUGCACCAUGGCAAAGAGCGCUCGUUGUAAGGCUUCUUGGCCGCAAGAUCGGCUUUCCCACUCUUUGCUCACGGUUACGCUCUCUUUGGCGGCCAGUUGGCUCCAUGGAAGUCAUGGAUCUUGAUUUCGAUUGCUUCCUGGUGAAACUCGACAAUGAGCAGGAUUACUUUCGCGCGCUGACUGACGGACCGUGGGUGAUCUUUGAUCAUUACCUUGUGGUCCAACAAUGGACCCCCAAGUUCAAGGUGUCGGACCCGCUGCCAAAGAAGAUGAUUGUUUGGGUUCAAUUGCCCGCCCUAAAAGUCCAUUUCUAUCACAAGGAGGUAUUGAUCACCCUCGGCAACUUGAUCGGUCGCACGAUUAAAUUGGACUUUCAUACUUUAAACCGACAACGUGCUAAGUUUUCCCGAUUGGCGGUAGAAGUUGAUCUUGGGAAACAUCUUGUUCCGAGAAUAUGGCUAGAUGAAGAAUGGCAGAAGGUGGAGUAUGAAAACCUUCCAACGGUGUGCUUUGAAUGCGGCAAAAUUGGGCAUAUGUCGACAGAGUGUCCACAACUGCUUCCUCCGGUCGCUCCCGUGAUCGGAUGGACGUUAGGUGGGGCGGCGACAGCUAGCACGCCGGCGACGGAGCCAGAGGAGCACCCAGGUUUCGGACCAUGGAUGCUGGUCAGCCGGAAAAGCAGGCGUGAUCCUCGGGCGGGUACUAGUAAGGGAAAGUCGAAUUUUGGAAAUGGCGGGGUGAUUCCUACACCUGCGAUCAAAAAAGGAAAGGAAGGGGCGGUAUCAAAGGGGACCGACCCUCAUGACAAUGGUGACAAGCCUUCCCAUAUUUUGAAGCCCCAAGAAGGGAAAGGAGGCAACGGGAAGAAAAGUGGGGAAGAGGUUAGGAAAGGGAAAGAGAAGGCGGUUUAUAUUCCCGCCGGGUCAGACAAGGGCCUCCUUGGGCCAGGGCCGAAAGAGUCGGGACUCCACAGGGACGAACACUCCUUCAACGUGAGCAAGAACGAAGAAAUCCAAAUCCGGGAAGGAGCGCGCGAAGAAAACUUCACCGACCAAGUUCAACCCUCUGAAGCAGCUGCAAGUAUGGUCGCCCAUGAAGGACAAGAGAUUAAAAUCCAAGUCCCGCGUUGCAUCGCUCACUCUCCAAGAGAUUACCGCAUGGACAGAGGCGAAAGUUCAGAGACCCGCCGAGUGGACAGCUGCGGAUAA